AUGCAACAUUGGCGAACAGUAUUCGAAAUGCGUCUAGUGUUGUUGAUCUUACUUUGUGGCUGCUGUGGCAUUUGGAGUUUGAAGUGUCGCUCCCAGGAUGGAGUCAGUGACGAGGAGCUCAAAAGGAUCGUGCGCGGUUGCAUGCAACGCAGAGAAAGAGAUAGAGACAGAGACAGACAAGGACAGGGACAGCAACAAUCCUAUGGAAAUCGCUGGCAACGCAGCCUCAAACAUUCCGAUAUGAACAACAAUAGACCCAAUAACAACAAUAAUAACAAUAACAAUAACAACUAUAACAACAACAACAAUAGCAACAACAACAACACAGAACUGUCUUCCUGUGUGGCACAGUGUUUCUUUGAGGAAAUGAACAUGGUGGAUGGAAAUGGACAGCCAGAUCGUCGCAAGGUGAGCUACCUGUUGACCAAGGAUCUGCGGGAUCGUGCACUGCGCAACUUUUACAUGGACACGGUGCAACAAUGCUUUCGGUAUCUGGAACAAUCUCGUUACCAGAGCAACAACAAAUGCGGACAAUCCCGUGAGCUGAUCAAGUGCAUGUCGGAGUAUGCAAAGGCGCAAUGCGAUGAUUGGGAAGAGCACAGCAAUCUAUUGUUUAAUUAACAUUCAACUUACGCCACUUUUGAGAUCCUCCACACGAUCGAGAUAACGCUCAUGAUUAUCCUUGACAUGCUUAUCUGUAGUCUCCUCCACUUGGUAGAACACACACUCCAAUUCCAAUUGUUUCUCCGUCUGCAUGCUGCUAAAGAAACUCGAGUCCUGAUUCCAUUCCUUGAGCAUUGCACUUUUAUCAUCCUCGUAGAUGUGUCUAAAGAAUUCAAUGCGACUUCGGUGUAGGUCUGGUUCAAAGAAAAUGUAUUAUAUCAACUUAAAUUAAGAAAAAGUUAGAGGAUUGCUAGACUAUGAGAUA